UCGACGCCCGGACGUGUCCUGGAAGCGCCGCGACGCCGGCGUCGUCCCGUCUCGCGCACGCGCGUGUGUGUGUCACCAAGUGUGUGUGAGUGUGUGUGCGUGUGCCCGUGUGAAAUGCAAGUGCCCAGUGUCAGUGUGUGAGUGCCAAGUGAAUAACAGCGAAGUGAACAUGUUGGGUUCGAGCAAGCUCCUCGUCCUGCUGGUGGCGACGGCCAGCUGCCUCGCCAAGCCGCCGCCAGGGUUCGCCCCGGAGCGCGAUAAGGACUCGUCCAAGUACAAGUACGAGUACUCGGUGCUGGACGGGCUGGGCGGCCACUCAGGGCGCGUCGAGAGCCGCGAGGGCCCCCACACCCUGGGCGGCUACUUCGUGAGCGUGCCGAUGGGGCACAACGCCAUGGGGCCCACGUCGCUGCAGCAGACGGUGAGCUUCAUCACGGACAGCUGGGGCUACCACCCCAUCGUGUCCUACACCACCAACCACGGCUCGGCCGUCACCACGGCCCAGUUCGCGCUGGGCGGCAAGGCGGUGGCGGCGCUGCGGCAGCAGGAGCAGGACCAACAGCAGCAACAACAGCAGCAGCAACAACAGCAGCAGCAGCAACAGCAGCAGCAGCAACAACAAGCUCAGGUGUUCGCCGGGCUGCUGCCUGACCUGAGCGACCUGCCCGACGUGGCCAACGACAUCAGCGGGCAGCGCGGCGUGCAGGUGACGUCCUUCCUGGCGGACACCAACGCCGCGGCGCAGGGCCCCCAGGGCGCCGCCAGGGACGAGCAGGCCACGCUGCCGAACCUCAAGGCGCUCAAGGGCGCCGACUCCAUCUCGGCCUACGUCAUCUCGGACGCGGACGAGCGUGGCAACGGCCUGGCUGACGCCACCAGCGCCACCGGCGCCACCUCGGCCGCGCCGUCGCCGACCACGCUCAAGCCCAUCGUCGUGAGCGAGCACGGCCUCCGCGUCUCGUCCACCACGCCGACGCCGCCGUACUCGUUCGGCUCGACCGACGCGCAGCAAGUCGCCGCCGCCUCCAACGCCUUCGAGGUGACCGACGACGGCCACCAGUACCUCGCGCCGCCGGCGUCCGCGUCCGACGACGAGCAGCACCGCGACGACGAGGAUCUCCAGCAGCAGCAGCUGCAGCAGCAGCACGAGCUCAAGAAGGGCAUGACCAGCCACAAGAGCAGCGCCGUGUACGAGGCGCACUACCGGACCGAGGUGGAGGUGCAGAAGUCCGUGGAGGUGCCCUCCGAGAUCACGCUGGACGCCGUCAAGGUGUCGGACGACGACCACGUGCCGCAGCCCGCCGCCGUGCACGCGCCUGGCUACUACAUCAGCCAGCACCAGCAGAUCCUCCGGCACCAGCAACACCUCAAGGACCUGGAGGAGCAGCAGCAACAACAACAGCAACAACAACAACAGGAUGAACAACGUCAACAAGAUCAUCAACAAGAACAAGAUCAACAACAGUUGAACGACCAGCAGCACCGCGCGCGAAAGCUGCACCACCAGCAGCAGGUCCUCGAGGACCAGCAGCUGCAGCAGGACCUCCAGGACCAGCGGCACAUCCAGCAGAUCCAGGAGCAAACCCCCGACCUCAUGCGCAUUCCGCUGCAGAGCCACAACCUGCGCCUGCAGCAGGACCAACAGCUGCAAGCCGAGCAGGACCAGCAGCUUCAGCUGCAAGCGCAACAAGACCACCAGCUGCAGCUGCAAGCUCAGCAGGACCACCAGCUGCAGCUGCAGGCUCAGCAGGACCAACAGCUGCAGGCUCAGCAGGACCAACAGCUGCAGCUGCAGGUGCAACCGGGCCACGAGCAGCUCCAGGAGGACCCCCAGGACCUGGACCUGCAGCAGAGCGUGACGGACACGCAGCCGCAGCACGUGCAGCUGCUGCAGCCGCUCACGCUGCAGCUGCCCUUCCAGAUGCUGCAGCAGAUGGCCGCGGACGUGACGCGGCUGGUGCGCGUCGAGGAGAACCAGGCGCCCACCAAGCUCGUGGAGGUGGAGAAGGUGCCCGCCGCGCACACCGCGCCGCCGCCACCGCCGCCGCCAGCGAACCCCGAGCAGGUGACGAGGCUGGUGCACCUGGAGCGGCCGUACUCGCACCCCUUCAUGGCCAUGCAGUACCCGCCGCCGCACGGCGCGCACGGCGCGCACCACCUGCUGCCCUUCCAGCACUACAUCGCGCUGCCCAUCAAGGACCUGCAGCUCUCCGAGUCGCAGCAGCAGUCGCAGCAGCAGCACCCGCAGCAGCUGCACCACAAGUACAAGAUCUCGCACGCCGUGUCCGAGGACGAGGUGACGGCCACGUCGCACAAGGCAGUGCCGGGCAUCGACCCCGACAAGGUGGUGCACUGCGCCGAGCACCUGUGCAUCGAGUACGGCGGCUUCAAGCCGCCGCUGGUGCCUUCCACGCCCAUCAAGGAGGACGGCAAGCCCGUGCACCCCAGCAGCGACGACUAG